AUGUACAAGUUCUAUCCCAACGAUCCUACUCGCGCGGCCUACCGCCAGUCAGAGAACGACCUUCUCCCUGCCGAGAAGGAACUGGUGUCGGAUUUCUGGCACCCCCCCCCACUUGGUCGUUCACCGCCCCCGAAGCCUUCGUCGCCCUCUGGCCGCCAGCCGCUUCGAGCUUAUUUCGACAUCGAGAUCAAGUGGACAAAGCCCCAAGAGGCGGCAUUGGUCGCCGCCAAUCUGGCUGCUUCCACCCGAACCACCUGGACGCUACAUCCGACGUCGACCGCCAGGCUGCAGCAGGGGCCGAAAUGGAAUGGGAGGAUGCUGAAGGGCGAUCUGCGGGGAUGGUGGGGGCUCAUGGGGCUUGUACGAGAAGGGGCACAAGGUGAACCACAAGAGCAGGGACAGGACUCGCGCCCUCUCGCAUCAUCUCCUCCUGCAAAUCCUAUGAGGGCGAUGACUGUCAGACUGGACCUAGUGGAGGCUGCAGGGCAGGGCGCCGGCGUUUGCGCGAUUGACUUGACUGGGAUCAACAGCGACAAGGAGGAUGGCUAA